AUGGAGAUCUUGGAUAGUGUUGGGGCAAGUGGCUUCCUCUGCCACCGAUGUAAUCACACGAUUAUAUGUGAGGCUGAUCGCACUUCAACUGGACACGAGCAGUCAACCCGACUCAAUGAACAAUUUCAGUUUAUUAGCGAACUUCUUCCGAAAAUAGAUUCUUUACAUAUACCUGAAUAUGACUUUAAUACGGCACUAUCGAAGGCUCGUCCAGUUAUUCGCGAUGCUGCUCACCAGCGUGCAGCAAUAAUCCCUAUCGAAGGUGACCCAAACCGGCCGAUGGCUGUGAAGGAGCUCACCAAUACUGGUCCAAAGUCUAUUACCGUGAACAUUUCAACAUCUGAUGACACGUCGGUGGCAGAACGAGAAGCCAAAAAGGCUCGCAUUACCCACCAAAAUGCCCUCCCUUCGUGGAUGUCCUACAGCACUGUGACAGGUGAAUCGUUUUCCGGCACAAGUGGUGUUGGAAUCAGCGCUGCAAACCAAGGCAUAGCCAACAAGGCCGCAAUACCGAACACCCUUGCGGAUAUGAGCACUUCUGUCGAGAUUGAUGAUUACUUCGAAAAACUCAAAGCAGAACAAGCUGCCAUAAUGGCACAACACUCGAUACAGGACGAAGAGGAUGAAGACUUUGUGUCGGAUGAUGAAGGCGAUGAUGAUGAGUUUGAAGAUGUGCAAGCGAUAGGAAAGAACUUCAACGGAGGUACAUCUGGGGACCAAACCCAACAGAACUUGGCGGGAUAUCUUGGGAUAACAGCUUUGACGCGAAGGUUUCGAGGAGAUUUGAAAAGGCCAAGCUAG